GCUACUGCUAACACUCUGGAAUGGUUCUUCAGUUCCCUGUGGAAAACAUAAUAGUAGCAUUAUUAGGAAUCCUGCUAGCCAGUCAAAUAAGCUUCAGUCAGUGUUUCAACGUUAAUAUCUCUAUCUCAUCCUGUUUGGUUGUUAUCGCUUUCCUGACCUCGUAGUCAAGCUUUACAAGCCGCCGUAAUGAGCGACAGAGAUGUUGUAGCAACUUGGGACAUAGCUUUGUCCGAUGGCAAGCAUAGAAUUCAGUUUGAACAUGGCACCACAACCGGCAAGCGUGUGAUUUUGGUUGACAAUGUGGAAGUUAUACGGAAUAAUUGGAUGUUUAGACUUGUAGGCAAAGAGAGUUUCUUAGUCGGAGGAAAAAGAGCAACUAUUCAUAUAGAGGCAGUGAGUGGCUUUCAGUACGAAUACACUCUUGAAAUUGACGGGAAACCGCUUAAGAAGUUUGUGGAAAAUCGCAAGAAAACGGCUAAAGUCUGGACUUUUCUUCUUGACGGCGAAGAAACGCGAAUGGUCCUGGAGAAAGAUACCAUGGAGGUGUGGGUCAAUGGAUUGGUAGUGGAGACAGCUGGCGAAUUUGUUGAUGAUGGAACAGAAACUCAUUUUACUUGGCUCAAACACACAUGUUACAUCAAAGCCAUAAGCUCUGGAAAGAAAAAGGAUGGAAUUAUUCACUCCCUUAUAAUCGAUGGUAAUGAAAUACCAGAGACAAUUGAUGAAUGACAUCACCACGAUAACCAAAUGUAACUUCAGUAACAGCUACAUUCCCUCAGAGCAUUUCACAUCAUAGCAUUUGCUAAGUUACUUUCAGUAAUAUAACCUUGUUCUCAUGAUGGUGUUGAUUACCACCUUUUUGAAAGGGUACACUCUCGUUUAAAACAAAACUGUUGUCCAAAAAUAAAUUUUAAAGUAAUGUAGAUUAUUUUACUACUUUCUUGGUUUUUUCUAUGCCUUUGCUUUAGCAAAUCCCUGCUGAUCAAAUGUAGAUUAUUUGUCAGUAAUAUAGUAAAUGGAAUCCUUAACUAAAUUGUACCCCUGGAGCUGAUGCCUUAGUUGGUGUUUGUAGGUUGGAAAUGAGGGUAAAAGUAGGUACAUGUCAAAUCACCGCAGCGAGUCCCAUGGGUCUAUGCAUGUUACAGGGACCCUUAUAUUAUUGUUUGUUCCUUUUCUAAGAACUGUUCAGAGAACAUGUGUCAACAACUUUUGCUCUCAUGUCUGUGAGCUUUGAUGGGUUUGCUUGGCUUCUCAUUUACUGAUAAUUAGUAGAAUAGUGGGUAGAAUCUCGAUGACGUCUGUAUUUCCAUAACAUACUAAAAUUCAGUAGGAUCUUUCUUGCACUUGCUUCUCAUGAGGGGAUCAAAUAACUCGUCAAGGCAAUUACGCAUACAGUGUACAUGUGUAUUGGAAAGUAAAUGUGAUUGAAAUAAGUUGGUGCUCCCAUACAUGCGAUUUUCUUGCACAAUGAUAUUUCUUGCUGCAAAUGGAAUAGAAGUGGUGCAAUAGAAAAAAAUAAUUGGGCUCCAUCAAAUAGUGAAUUAUUCAAGUCCCAAACAUGGAAGCUACUCUCAUAAAUGCUGGUUAGUGUAAAAAGUCCUACUUGUUAUUCCUUUAAAUGUCUGCAGGUUUGGAGAAUUGAAUCAAUUGGAGUAUGUUCACCAUAAAACUAUUACAAAGUGAAAUAAGAAAAGUGGUAAUACCAGGAAAGUUCUGGCUAAAGAUUGUGUUCUGACUUGAGAAAGCUGGAACUGUAAGCAGUGAUCAUGGAUAUGUGGCUUUGAGGUUUUCUGGCAUGUACUAAUUCCUAACAUUCAAGACAUAGUUCAGGUGUACCUAGUUUACUUAAUUAUUCCACAAGCGCGAGUUAGAUAUGAGAUGAUAGAUAGCCAACAAGGUGCGUAGCGCCGAGUUGGCU